UAGAAGAUUUGCGUACGAAAUUAGCGAAAUAAAAAAUAGUAAUUAGCUUUAAAGUUGGCCUUUCGUAUAACAAACGAAUUUAUUAAAAAUAAUACAGUUUUUAAGUGUUAAUUUCUCUUAUUUUAUUUGAAAGUAAUGUCACGAAAAGCAUCCAGUUUAUCAUUAAAGUAGGUUUCUUUCUAAAUUUAACUUCACUAAGUUCAUAUUUGCUCGCAUAAUUUUAGAACCUAAUUUAUGUUUAUGCAUGAUCCAUUUAAUAUUUAGGUCCACACAAGUUCAUCAUAUGCAUGUAAAUAUGUUGUUGUAUUUUAUCUGUAUAAUAUCUUUGUUGAUGUUGAUUUAGCAAAGUUCUUGGCAUCGCAAGUCUUUUUCAUUGCCAAUUUUUUCUUGGAUACUGACAACAAUAAUUUAGGAUUCGAUUGUCUUCUUAAUUAGCAUAUUUUCUCGAUCGGAAUCAAUUUUAGACGUUUAACAAUAAAUAUAAUAAUCCGUUACACUUUACCCAAGAAAAUUUUAGCCUGUAUGAGCAUAAUUAAUGAGAAAAUUAAAAGUUGGCUGGUAGAAAUUCAAUGCAACUAUCAAUAGUAAUACUUGAAACUGACAAUGCCAACUCUUGCCUGACAAUUAAGAAAAAAAAAGCAAAGGAAUGUUUGGCAGACCAAGCGUCAAGAUGGUGGAAUCAAUACGUUGCCAUACCUUGGCCCGACAAAUUAAUGAAUAUUUUGGCUCUGUACGUCAACGGGGUGGAUGACACAAGUCGAAUGCUGAGAAGAACAUUCAUGAGAUAUUUGAACUGUACUCUAGUUUUGGUCCUUCGAUCGAUCAGUAUGGCUGUUAAAAGAAGAUUUCCUACCAAAGAUCAUCUCGUUGAAGCUGGAUUUUUAACAAAAUUAGAAUUAGAAAUGUUGCAAUCCGUUCCAUCAACAGAAUUUAACACUUUUUGGAUUCCAUGUACUUGGUUCAUCAAUUUGUUGAGAGAUGCAAAACAAUCGGGUCAUGUCAAUGAUUCUAAUGGAUUAAAACUAAUCAUGGAGGAAUUUAACGAUUUUAGAGGUAAAUGUGGCAUGUUAUGGAGUUACGAUUGGAUCAGUGUUCCUUUAGUAUACACUCAAGUUGUGACUCUGGCUACCUACGCUUUUUAUGUAGCUUGCAUAUUCGGACGUCAAUACGUAGAUAAUACAAGUGAUUUCCCACCUGGACAUCGUUUCGAAUAUUAUUUGCCUAUAUUCACUAUUCUUCAAUUAUUCUUUUAUAUGGGACUACUUAAGGUUGCAGAACAACUGAUAAAUCCGUUUGGCGAUGACGACGAAGAUUUUGAAUUGAAUUGGAUUAUUGACAGGCACAUCAAGGUGUCAUAUCUUGGAAUAGAUACUCUGAAUGGAAUUCCGCCCCCUUUAAUCAAAGACAAUUACUUUGAUGAAUUAGAUAUCAAACUUCCUUACACAGCAGCAUCAGUUUCGUAUAAGAAGAAGACUUAUAGAGGUUCUGUGGCGAAAAUGCAUGUUCCAGAAGAACAGCAGAAUCUUGUAUUACCGGACAUUCCAGAAGAAGAAGACGAAGAUAAAUUUGCAGAACAAUUUGGUCUGACUAAUCGCAGGGCUUCUACUUGGACAAUUGUUGGCGGAAAAUUUCAUAAUCGAUUGAGUGCCAGUCAAUUAAACAUCGACAGUAAUUCGUUAGAAAGUGGUGUCGAAAACUGGAAAGCUUCUAAUUAUUCCAUAAAUAGAAUGGUUGGAUCCAAACAACUUGACAAGACUACACCAGGUAUCAGGGGCUUUGGUGGUUCACGCACUACAGAAAUUGUGGCAUCGCCUGAUCAAAUGGAUAAAGAAUCCAUGAUUUCUUAUGGAUCAUUAGCUGACAAACAUAUGAGAUCGGCGCUCGAAAAAUCACUUUAUCCGAGUGCAGUUGCCAAACCGAAAAGUGCUAGAAUCUUGGCUCAGCCUUCUAAAAUAACGCCAAAUCAAGGAAGAAUGACAAAGCUAUUUCAAAGAGCAAAGAAAGCGUGUACUGCUCCACAAAAAAGUCAUCCGACUAAAUAUAAAUGGACAGCUUUCAGUCCAGAAGCUAGACCGACUCAAGAGGGGAUAUCUUUAUGCAAUUUGCCAAGAGGUUCGGUGUGUGAUGAUAUGUCAGAUUAUCAUUACCAACAAGACUCUGCUUCGUUGUUUAAUUUCCGUCGAGCGUCUCGAUUAGACGACAUCCCCACUAUUCAAUCCGUCACUCAACGGCCAUCGCUACCAUCCGAAAUGCUACCUCCAAUUCAUCCCAACAUCACUUUAUCCGGUUCUCAGGAUAUAGAUGUCCUUAUUCAUACACAGAGCCCCCCGAAAAAUGACGAAGAUACUUUGAAAGAACAAGAUGAUGAAACCUCUGCCGAAGAAAUUGAACCCAGUGAACAAUAUAAACCAGAAGAUAUUCCAGAACAAACGUGGAUGUACUCUCAGAGCAUGCCAAAUGUUACCGAUUCAGUGUUCAUUUUUGAGGAUCCCGAAGACGAAGCUUUAAUUAAGGGUUGGGGAGAUGCGCAGAGGCAGGAUUAUAGUUUCAAAGGUGGAGAAAGUGUAUCUAUACCUGAUAUUGAUUUAGUGACGUAUUCAUCGGAAACGCUUUGUCCCGAAAAAGUAAAAUCGACAAAAGAAAAAGAACCCGAUCCAAAAUCUUGAGACAAUUAAAUUUUUUGAUAAAGUUCUGUAAUUAUCGCUUCGAAAGAAAUAAGUACUUUCGAUAAUUUUCCAUCAGUGGAAAAUGAUGUAUUUAUUUAG